AAUUAAAUUAAUUUUAAAACAAAAUAUUUAUUAAAUACUAAAUAAAGAAUAUUAUUGUUCAUUACAUCUCACAAUAGUCUCGCGUAGCCAGACCCUACCACCGCGUCAAGUCCAUUAUUCACGUGAUUAUCCGGGUUAGUCAUGACUCUUCUGCACGCCUAUCUUCCGUGUGUUGUUUCCUCUCUUUUUCUCGUUGCCACCUCUAGACUCGUCUACUAUUCCGACCUAAACGGAAAGCCUUACAAUGUAAAAUACGACAGCCGAGCCAUUCUCAUCAACGACAGACGAGCUCUGCUCCUCUCCGGCUCCAUUCACUAUCCCCGCUCGACUCCCGCCAUGUGGCAACCUCUCAUGACGAAAGCCAAACAAGAGGGGCUCAACUGCAUACAGACCUACGCAUUCUGGAAUUUUCACGAGCUUGAGAGAGGCAAAUUCGACUUCUCCGGCCGUCGCAACGUUCGUCUGUUUCUCGAAACGGCGGCCAGACUCGGACUGUUUGUCAAUUUUCGAAUCGGUCCGUUUGUAUGUGCUGAAUGGGAUUACGGCGGGUUGCCCGUAUGGUUGAAUUGGGAAGAGGGCGUGGUCUUUCGGUCAUACAAUGAUGUCUGGAUGGCGGCAAUGAAGGCGUUUGUUGAUGUUAUAGUCGAGGAGAUCGAGCCGUUUCUGGCGAAAAAUGGAGGUCCGGUGAUAUUGGCUCAGAUCGAGAAUGAGUAUCCGGCGAAAUCGCGACUCGAUUGGAAGUACGUCGAGUGGUGUGGACGGCUUGCGCACUCGUACGACCUUGAGAUACCGUGGCUGAUGUGUAGUGGAGCGAGUGCUAACAACACAAUCAAUACAUGCAAUGGUAACAACUGCUGGGAUUAUGCCAUCGGGCAUAACUCGACGUAUCCCAGUCAGCCACUGAUGUGGACGGAAAACGAGGGAUGGUUUGAGGUGUGGCCGGGCGAUUUCAAACACGAUCGCUCGUCAGAGGAUGUCGCUUUUUCAGUGGCGGAGUGGAUUGCCGUGGGAGGCACGUAUCAUAACUACUACAUGUGGCAUGGAGGGAAUAACUACGGACUGUGGGCGUCGAAUGGCGUGACGACGAUGUAUGCUGAUGAUGUCAUGUUACACUCGGAUGGCACUCUUCAUGAACCGAAGUAUAGUCAUCUAGGCAAGCUGCAUGGGAUCGUGUCCGAGUUUGCUGACUUGAUACUCACUAAUCCUGUUAGACUCGAACGGCUCCCGGUUUGGAAUUCGGAUACAAACAUGUUCGUCACCGGGACGGAUCAGUGGGUGUCGACAUUUGGUACUCCGGGAAUGAAGAGUGUGACCUUCCUUAUUAAUAACGCAGAGAGAAAAGAAACGGUGUCGUUUCGUGGCCGCUCGGUUUCGAUGCACAGAGAGAGUGUCAUCAUUUUGGAUCAGAAUGACACAAGCAUGUAUGAUAGCUCGAUCAUCAAUGUGUCAGUUAAAACGGCCAAGAUACGGUCUCAUUAUGUGUUACCCUUUUACGAUUGGAAAAUUUGGAAAGAACCAAUUGGUAACGAAUCACGGCCUAAAAACAUGAGUCGAGUGUAUUCUCUAACUGCACUUGAGCAACUGUCUCUGACUCGAGACAGAACAGCAUAUCUGUUGUAUAGAACUAACACUACACGAUUGAUAACCAAGAGAAGCCAGCUCGUGAUCGAAACCGAGAAUUCUGUUGGAUUUAUUGUCUUUCUGGAUGGGAAUGUGAUCGGGAGGUGGACCAACGCGGAGCACACACCGUCUAGAAACGUGACGGCUGUUAUCCCCUUGCGUGUGACACGACAUGCGGAGGGUGGUCUAUUAGAGAUACUAGCGAUCUCAUUUGGAUUGGCAUGCGACGGAAUACACAAGCAGAGAUUUGAACGUAAAGGUGUUAUUGGGUUGGUUUUGUUGGACGAUGAGGAUAUAACGUAUGGUGCAUGGGAACACCAGAUUGGGUUAGUCGGAGAGUACCUGUCUGUAUACACAGCGACUGGCAUGAAAGCAGUCCAGUGGAGUGAUAAUGUCCGUGCAGGAUUAGAGACACCACUGAUGUGGUUUCGAGCAACAUUUGCUACUCCUAUGUGUCGGGCGUCUGAUACUAUUUUGUUGAAUGCUACAGGACUGGAUCGUGGCUAUGCAUACGUCAAUGGACAUAACAUCGGACGGUAUUGGCCGAGGACUGGUGUGCAGAUACUCUAUCACAUCCCGCCCGACUGGCUUGGUGAAGAAAAAAAUGAAUUAGUAAUAUUUGAAGAGAUUGGUGCUAUUGAUAUCAAUACAGUGUCUUUAAUAUGUAAGGAAACGUCUUAGGAAGAUGGGGCAGUGUGAAGUCCCAUUGAUAUUCAUGAAAGUACAGGUCAUGAAUAAAAUUAUCUGCAAUUUUUGAGCAGACGGAUGCAUGCAGUGUCAACCGUAGCCUCGAAUUUCCAGACCAGAGAGCGCGCAAAGCGCGCGAACUCUAGUCUGGACCAAGUCCAUACUAAAAUGAUUUCGGAAGUAUUUAUCAAUAGCGAUGGUAAAUGGUGUCUAACAGCGUAGGA